GCUAUACACGGAGAGGGGGAGGGAGUGAACUAUAGAACUGCAGUGCAUUAUGGGAUGCGAGGAAGCUGCUGCUACAGAGCAUGAACAUGUCACAGUGCAGUGAUCCCACAUCCAGCUGCUGCUCCCAAGGUCUUCAGACCCAUGAAGAUGUCAAGGAAUAUUAUGGGAAAUACCUGAAGAAUUCAAAUGAUCUAAAAACCAAUGCAUGUGUGACCCCAUCCAAGCCGGUGCCAAAAUUUAUACGGGAUGCACUGACAGAAGUUCAUGAAGAGGUGAGCUCACGCUACUAUGGCUGUGGACUUGUGGUACCUGAGUGUUUGGAGAACUGCAGGAUUCUGGACCUGGGCAGUGGAAGCGGCAGAGACUGUUACAUGUUAAGCAAGCUGGUUGGCCCUAAGGGACACGUCACUGGUAUAGACAUGACUGAUGAGCAGGUUGAAAUCUCCAAAAAGUAUAUUGACUACCACAUGAAAAAAUUUGGUUACCAGGAACCAAAUAUUAAUUUUGUGAAUGGGUAUAUUGAAGAUCUUAAAGCUGUCGGCAUAGUUGACGAAAGUUAUGACAUCAUCAUAUCUAACUGUGUGAUCAAUCUUUCCCCUGAUAAGAAGGCUGUUCUAAGAGAAGCCUACAGAGUGCUCAAGGAUGGCGGAGAAAUGUACUUUAGUGAUGUCUAUUCUAACAAGCCAGUUCCUGAUGAACUAAAGCAGAAUAAAGUGCUUUGGGGAGAAUGUAUUAGUGGAGCCCUUUCUUGGAAGGACCUCUAUCUGAUUGCUGAAGAGAUUGGAUUUAGCCCACCACGACUAGUCACCUCCAGCUAUAUCACCGUGAACAAUAAAGAACUAGAGGAUAUUAUUGGUGACCUCAAGUUUGUCUCUGCAACAUUUCGCCUUUUUAAGCUUCCACAGAACUCUGUGAAAGAAAAGGGGAUGGUUAUUUACAAUGGAGAAAUCACAGGCUGUGAGAAUGAUAUUCAGUUUGAUGCAAACUUCACAUUCAAGGAAGGAGAAGCUACACUGGUGGAUGAAGACUUGUGGAGUAUCCUGAAGUCUUCCAGGUUUUCAUAUGAAUUUUUAUUUAAGCCCUUGGAAAAGGAAAAGUCUUCAGCACAAUGCUGUGCGGAAAAGCAAAUCAUCACGGAUCCAUUCCAGCUAGUAGAAAACCAGAACAAACAGCCUUUACCUCCUAGCUACAGCAGCUGCUGCGGACCAAAAGGAUGCUGUUAGGCACAAAUACCGGAAGAGACUGAUCCUAUAGUCAAUAUUAUUUAGUAUGAUAAUUACAAUAAACAUUUCCAGGAUAAAUUAUUGGAUGGUCUGUAGAUUAUGAAUUAGGGGCUAUACAUGCACACUAAGCCAAGAGUGCAUGGUUUUUAAAUGGAAAGAGGAAAAUAAGUCAGCUGCUUAUCUCCCAGGUGAUCAAGGGAUCCUUCAUUUCCUCAAGAGCAGCUAUGGACACCCUGUAAACAUCCCUAUUUGGCACUACAUAUGCAGAAUAUUAAUUUAGUGCAUCCCUUAAACCACGUCUUUGUGAUUUUGUAAACUUUCAGUGCAGUAGAAAUGUUUUGCCUUCACACAAUCCUACCUCUGAGCUCUUCAGGCAGCUCUUUCCACCUCAUGCUGGUUUUGCUCUGAUAUGCAUUGUCAGCUGUAAGACCUCAUAAAGACAUGACUGUGUGUUUCCAAUCAUGUCCAAUCAACUGAAUUAAAUAAAUUAAUGUAAUAAAUGUUGUAA